AUGGACCCACGAGAUAUAAAUCGAUGCUUUCCUACUCUUGAUGGCGGGUCCUUGGGAGGUGUUCUUUUGAACUCUCUACUCUCCGAGCCCAGGAUCAAGGUCACCGUUCUCAUGCGAGAGUCAUCCAAGGCACAUGGCAGUAUUCCAUCCGCGCCGCGCCGACUCCUACCCCAAGGAGAUCUUGUCAAGGCUUUACGUGGUCAGGAUGCCAUUGUAAACGCUAUCACUAGCUUCUCUGUCGCCGAGCAGCUCCGCUUUAUCGACGCCGCCAUCACGGCCGGAGUCAAACGGUUCGUGCCGUCCGAGUACGGUCUGGACAACAAUACGCCGGAGGCUCAGGAGCUGGCGCCAGUCUUCAAGGAGAAGGGUCUAGUGCAGACCUACCUGCGAGAGAAGGAAUCCAGUGGAUUAACCUGGACAGCGAUCGCCUGUGGCAUGUGGACUGGGUGGUCCCUUCGUAACAAUUUCCUUGGUCUUGACUAUCCCAACUGGAUCGUCACAUUUACUGACGAUGGCACCGGUUACUUCUCUACCACCACCUUGGCCAACACGGCCCAAAAGGAACUCGUGGAGACCAUCGGACGUCUCACGGGUGAGAUAUGGCAGCGAAAGUCCAUCAACACCGAGGAGGCUAUACCCGCUCUGAAGGCCGCGUGGGAGAAGGGCGAUGCGUACGCCGGGUAUGGGUUGAUCAACAUCAGGUUUACCAAAGAUGAUUAUAGCGGACAUUUCGAGCCGGGGCGUCAAAUUCGGAAUGAGGGACUUGAGGCACUGAGGGAAGUUGGACAUCCUGGGUUCUGA